AUGGCACUCUGUGGCGUCUGCGGUAUUGUGUGUAGUGAUGCUAGCAGCAUUAAGUGCACUGCAUGUGAAAAUAGUUUUCAUCUUCAUUGUGUGAAAACUGAGAGCGAGGAAAAAAUCAAGCGGAAUACCAAGGACUGGAAGUGUGCUUCGUGUAAAGGUAAAUCAUCAACCCUUGGAAGUGUGAAAUCAAAUAUAUCAACUUCUGAUCCCUUGACGAAGGACUUCCUUAUCAAUGUCAUGGAGAGUUUCAAAAAGGAGGUUUUUAGUGAAAUAGCUGUUUUCAAAAAUGAAGUAACCGAGCUUUCUACAUCUGUGCAGUAUGUUUCCAAUAUGUUAGACGCAUCAAACCUAUUGAUGGAGGAGAUUAAAAAGAAGCUGACAGAAGUUCAAAAUGAAAACCAGGCGCUGAAGGCAAAUAACCAGGCCUUGAACAAUGAAGUUGUGGGACUGCGGGAGAGGAUGCGAAACCUAGAGCAAUACACCAGGGUGAACAACAUAGAGAUCAGCGAUGUGCCACAGUCGAAGGGUGAGAAUAUCACAGAUCUGCUGACGGAUGUGGGAGCAGCGCUUGGUGUGGAGGUAAAGGAGACGGAUGUGGCCGCUGCGCACCGGGUGCCCUCCUACAGAACCGACCGGGAGCCCUCCGUCAUCGUCCAGUUCACGGCCAGGAAGAUCAAGGAGCAGUGGAUGGCAGGGUUCCGGCAGAGGAAGAGUCUGACGGCUCGAGACAUCAACCAGCACUUCCCAGUUCAACGCGUGUUUGUCAACGACCAUCUCUCGCCGGAAAACAAGCAGUUCCUCUCCAAACUGAAGCAGAAGGGCCGAGAACUCGACUACAAGUUCAUCUGGUGCCGAGGCGGAAAAUUUUUUGCCAGGAAAGCCGAGGGUCAGCCAGUGAAGAAGAUUAACUCCUAUGAGGACAUGGACAGACUCAGUUAA